ACCAUAUUUUGUUACUAGUUGACGAGGAUCAGUGUUCACAACUGAGUUGGGGUGCAGCAGCGCUUGCCACUUUAUAUCACUAUCUUUGUGAAGCUUCAUGUCAAAAGAGGAAAGAUAUCGGUGGCCCAUUGGCCCUUCUACAGAUGUGGGCUUGGGAGAGGAUACCCAAUAUUCGACCCGAGAUUGUUGAUAGGGUUGAGUAUGAUGGUACGACACCUUGUGGCAUAAUUUGGAGGGGGCGAUUGAAUGUGAGUAGAGCGCCGCUACAUGUCCAAAGUUAUUAUAGGGAACAGUUGGCUCAUUUGCAUGACAAUCAGUUUAUUUGGGAGCCGUAUUUGGGUCGUCCUCUACCAGAUGAGUGCAAGCGUGGGAUGAAUGUUUGGGGAUGCACUAACUACCUCAUUUGCUAUCAUAUUGUGGAGCCGCAUUGGGGUCAUCGAGUUACGCGACAGUUUGGCUUCCCCCAACAUAUUUUUCCUAAUGAGACUCGAUUCCACGUGUUUGAGAGAUGGGAAAGUACGCGGCGAGGUAAGUCAACCACAAAUUGGGUAGCUCAUCAUGCUAACUACAUCCAAUAUUGGAGUAACCGGGGAGAAAUAGAACAACGAGUGUAUCCAGAAGCCUCGAAUACGGACUACAUGAAUUGGUUUCGGACCAUCACUGUAACUUACAUUACUAGACCCGGCAUCCAUGGCCAGCCAGGCAUCCAUGAGACUACCUCUACACAUACGAUGAUGAUGGAGACGUUGGUCAAUGUCUACCAUUGCCUUAAUGGAUCUGAGACGGCAUAUCAUCCGGACAUCCAACGUGCUCUGAACAUGGUGUCGUCUUGUAUGAGAACAUGUGGGGAGGCUGAUCGUCUUGAUUUUGUGCCUACCCAGCGAUCAGCGAUUGACACUACAAGACCAAUCAUUCAAAAGGGUAGGCGCGAAGGAAGGAGAGGUGUCCGUAUGGGCGGACCGGGGUCUAGACGGGAUGCAGGUUUAUCGCAGCUGGGCACGGGAUGCAGUGACCCACCUCGUGCUUCUUGGCAUGCUGGAUCCUCUUCACAGAUGAGGGGUGCCGAUUGUUAUGCUGAUGUUAACCUGGAUGAAUAUUUUGGAGUCAGAUUACAAACACCGGAGGAGGAUGAGGCUGAAGUGGAUGAUGAUGCUGAGGAAGAUGAGGCACAGGAGGCCGCUUCAGAUGAUGAUACUUGGCGCGAGUCACGCACAAAGGCUCAUCAUGACUCUGGGGAGAAAGCUCGUAAGGACUUAGAGGCAGCUUCCUCCAGUAAAGGAUUGGCGCGGACUAUAACAAAAUUCUUUACUAGGAGAACAUCUUCGCGUACAUCCAAAGGGGUAGCUGCAAACAAGUUUACACCAAGUGGUUACAAGUAGUUUGUGGUUGUUUGUUAGACGUAAACAUUUGUGAUAUUCAACUUAACUACAUUUUGUUUAAUUUUUAAUCCAUUCUUCCAUAGUAAA